UCCAAGCUGAGUUGGUGGCGGCGGCUGCUGCUUGCUGCUGCUUCUGCUUAUAUGUCGGCGAAGGAAGGGGGAGGAGCAGGGGGGUUGGAUUUUGUGCGAGCGAGAUGCUUGGCAGCCCAAGUUCCCGCUCAGGACUUCAUACGGUAGAGUGAAGAUCGGUUCUCCACUAGCGAGAGUGCCGAAUAAAAGAUCUGACCGAGGCUGCUCGAAAAGGGCCUCAUGCGCGCUGCCUUUGGCUCAGAUUGCCGGCUGUGUUGCCUUGUGCUGCCGAAAUAUUCGAGAUGGAGCGUCGUGCCUUGCGGUUGGCCCAACUUUUCCUCUUUGUGCUAUGGGCUAAUAGCCUAAUAACAAUUGGAUUUGCAGGUGCACAACAGCAGAUCAUCUGCAAUGAAUCCUUCAUGCUACAGAACUUGCCAGUGUGUGGAAAAUCCUUCGAAGAGAUGAUGCACAAAGUGGAUUCUACAAAAUGGUGCAAUCUGACAGAAUUUAUACUGUAUUACAACAAUUUUAUUCUAUGUACAGAACACAAGGUUUCAACAGCAAAGUGCUUUUGGCCUAACCCACUGGCUGAAGGCUUCAUCACUGGAAUCCAUAGACAAUUCUUUACAAACUGUACCUCAGAUAAAGUGCAUUGGGAAGAUCCUCCAGAUAAAAUUCUGGUUCCUUUGAUUUUCAUUCCAAUUCUUCUGACAGUUGCCAUGGUUGGUUUAGUGGUAUGGUGUAGCAAAAGAAGUGAUAUUUUGGUAUAACUCAACAUUCAUCACCAUAUUGUUCUUUCUUUUAUUGAGAAUGGAAUAGAAACAUUAUAUGUACUGUAUAUCUACAUGUACAUGUGUGUAUGUGUGCACGCACACGUGUGUGCGCGCAGGUGCACAUGUGUGUAUGUGUAUACACAUACAUAUAAAGACACAUACAUAUAAAGACAAUUUUGGCAAGCAAAAUCUACAUUCUUCUGUAGCUACAUAUAUGUACUAUAAACAUUAUUUCUCCAGCAGUAUAAACAUUGUGCUAAUAAAAAUUAUGGCUCAUGACCAUAACUCUGUAAUGAAUAGAAACUGAAAACAAUAUCUGAAUAUGCUAUAUACAAUGGAAGUUUGUGGAUUUUAAACUUACGAAUGAAUCUCAGCUAUUCAACUUUUUAAAAAGAUGAUUCUAUAUGUGGACUGUAGAUUUGAAAUGUAUGCACAUGUAUACUGAACAAUCGUAUUUAUGGUAGGGGCUGUUUUGGAAUUAAAUGUGAAAAUCAAGGAUAUUUAAGUACGGACUUUGGGACUUAAAAAGACUGUCCUUGCCAAAGAUAUAUAACAUGCAUAUAUACAUGUGCAGCAAAAGAAAGUGAAACACUGUGAAUAAUGAAUGAUCAGAGAAUUGUCACAAUUAUGCUGGCUCUUCUAUGAAUUAGUAAACAAGAAACAUGUCCUUGAAUGUUUGCAUCCUGGACUGGAAAUCUACAGAAUGGUCUCUUGAAAGGAUAUAUUUUUCUUUUGCAAAGCUGCAAAGAGAAUGAGAGGAAAUUGGUCAACUAGAAAUGUAUUCAAGUGUCAGAGGAACUGUUAUAUUCGUCUCUUUCUGUGUUUUUAAACUGGUAAUUAUAAGACAAUUUUCCUUUUUUCAUAGCCUUUUUUUAAUUUAAUGUGCUUUAAAUGGUCAGAUUUCAUAGGAAGAAAAUAUGGCAAUUAUAUUAAUACUGAUGCAUUUGAGAUUUUACAUAUUGAAAUACAAUUUAUAUGUUAGAUGUUUUGAAUUUCCACACAGACUUGUACAUAUAGAAGAAAUGAGUUCAGGUUAGCAAAUAUCUUAGACUUUUUAAGAAGCGAUACCUCCAAUCAAAUGCACAGGAUAAAUAAUUUAUAGAAAACUUCAGAUUUGCUAAUCAGAAGUCUUCUGUAACAUCAAAAUUACAUUAUGUAACAGUGUUAACAUCUUCAAUUAGAAAUAUUUUGUAUCUGAAUAAUUAAAUAAUACUAGAACAGUUUACCAAUAAUUUGAUGUUCAUAAAAAUAUCCACUAUUUUGGGGACCAAGGAUUAAAAUUGGAUGUUAUUAAUAUACCACCUGAUUCUUAUCUAUAACCAUAGCUGUUUUAUUUAAAAAAUGAGAUGGGGUACAGGUCACAAAUUGUUACCCUUGCAAUCUGUCUUCAGUGGGAUUUAUAUAUGGUUUUAAAAAUACAUCUUCAGAAAUUUUUUAUCAAUUAGGGGACUUCUUGAAUUAAAAAGAAAUAAAUUGAGUCAGGAAACUGUGACAAAUCCAUCUAAUAUGAGAUAAGAGAUGAAAUAAUACAUGUUAACAGGCUAGUAAUGAUUAUAUAGUCUUAUUUUCUUAGUUCAAAUCAUACCGAACAUAAGGAAGGAAUUAUGGCACAUGAUUUUUAACUUGCCAAAUUAGAAUAGUUGAACUGUUAUCAAUCAGCUGGUAAAUCCUCUGAAGUGCAUUUUUACUGUUAUCUCCUUUUCCAAGUCAAAUGGUUCUGAUAGAUUUAGACUGCACUUCAUUAAUUUAAAGCAAUGUUGGAAGACAAUUUUUAUUAUAUACCUAGAAGUUCCACAACUUACAUAUCCAGACCCCAUCUAGUUUGUUGAAUAUGUCUUGUGAACUAGAAGUUCUGGCUCAGUUUAAGGCACAAAUCAGACUCUCGUUCUUAUGAAUGAUAAACUAUGGAUGGAGCUCUCCGUAGCCAAAAGAAUGUUUUCAUUCAUUUGUUGGAGUAGCCAGAUGAUAUUUGGGCUGCUGUCAGCUUUCAGUAAUAUUAAAACUAUGAUACAACAAGAUAGCAAAAUCUGUUUCCCCACAAAUGUUUCAUUUGUUUGAUGAUUCUUACUGUCCUCAGUGGACAUCAUGAUAUAGGCUGCAUAAUAAAUAUUUCCACCUACUUGUGGAAAUAAUUUUUGUUCUUGAGUUAACAAGCUGUUUAAGAAAUGUUCUACUGAAUCAUCCAAAAAUUAUAAUAAAACAAAGAUUAGACCAAGUGAAUUUUAAAGGUCUAUAAUCACUUAUUUUUGUCAUAUUAAAACAUACUUUGACAAACUAUAUCAAACAUGGAAUUUACCUCUUCCACAAAUAUCAGAUUAGGGAUUCUGAUUUGCUCCUCUGAAUAAAGCAGAGCUCCAAGUUCACAUGAUUUACUCAAUGACCAAGAAGGUGCUUUUGAUAAUCUAGACUCUGGAAUAUCUGACAUAUACUGUAAUAAAAUAAAGUGAUAUGACAUAAUAAUAUACAGUACAGUAGAUCCUUUCAGAAAGAAUUACUCAAUCCAUGUGAUUUUUUUCUGGUUAUUCUGUAAUAGCAUAUUUUAAGAGUUAAAAUUCUUUAGAGAUCUUAUGUAGAGCUUCAACUCUAUAUAACACUAUACCUGUAACAUGCAGAUGUAUCAGCUCCCAAUGCAAUCCUUAUGAAACUAAUUGUGUUACAAAAAUAUAUGAUGAAGAAAUUGUUUUUACCCUAUUAAAUGCAUCCAGAAUAAAAUCUAGCUUCACUGAAUUCUAUAGAACUUAAAUAAAUUACAUCUAACAACUCUUCCUGAUUUGA